AGUGGAAAUGAAGACAGGAAAUAUCAGGUGCUGAGGAACUCUAGAGGUGGGAGCAAUUAUUUAAGGCUGCAAUCCUACACUUUCUCACUAGAAAGUAAAUCCCAUUGAAUUUAGUGAGACGUACUUCUGAAUAAACAUGCAUAGGAUUGCACUGAGCAUCAGGUUCUCUGAUCAUAUGAAUACCACCUCAGCCCAGAAAAACUGACUGAAGCAGAGGAACCUAAAAACACAUUUUCCUUUUAUCAUCAAGGGGUGUCUAGGCCUCUGUGCUACAGGAACUCUUAACUUUCAACUCCCAUCAUUUCAGUGUUUGGGACCUGCGAAUGCUUCACUUGCGGGAGCAUUGUCUAAAGGAGGAAGAAACAUCCCUCUUACAACUUUCUGCUGUGGAUUGAAGCUGGAGAGCCGUGGAAUGACACUUGCUGCAGGCUGCAUGAGAGACUGGGAGCUGGUCCUUGCAUUCCAAGGGCGAGGACUUUAGCUCUGCAGGCCCCUGUGUUUUCUUCCAAUGCGGGGCAAGAGAAGGAGCCCGCCUCUGCUUUGCGAAGAGACGUUUUGUGCCCUUGAGCACUCAGGGGGGCCUCAUCCUCUUGGCUUUCCAGCAGCUGCUCCCGAGCCCACCCCUCUUUGCCCUUCACGCAGAUCGUUCAACUUUCCCUUGUGCAGCCAUCACAUACCUGGCCAGUCUUUUCAGUUUCUCUUUGAGCGGUGGCCUAUUUCCAGGCUGGAUCAUGGGGGCUCUUCGCAACCCCAAGCCCAUGGGGGGAAGGGUGUGAACUUCGAAAUGGCGUCUGUGAUAGGCCAGGGACCUGCUGCAUGUGCAAGGUUGCUGUUGGCUGACAGGAGAACUGGCUGAUCGCCCCAGGCAGCCUCUUUCUGCCUGCCUCAGGAACUCUCAGGGCACUGCCCUUGCCUGCCCCCACCCACUCAUCAUGUUUCUACUGCUACCCUUUGACAGCCUGGUGGUUAACCUGCUGGGCAUUUCCCUGACCGUCCUCUUCACCCUGCUCUUGGUUUUCAUAAUUGUGCCAGCCAUCUUUGGGGUUUCCUUUGGCAUCCGCCGGCUUUAUAUGAAAACCCUGCUGCAGAUCUUCCAGUGGGCGACGUUGAGGAUCGAACGUGGUGCCAAAGAGAAGAAGCAUCCCCUUUAUAAGCCCUAUGUCAAUGGUAUCAUUGCAAAGGAGCCCACUUCCCUGGAGGAGGAGAUCAAGGAGAUCCGGCGGAGUGGCAGUAACAAGGCCCUGGAUGUCCCUGAAUUUGAGCUCUCUGACAUCUUCUACUUCUGCCGCAAGGGCGUCGAGACCAUCAUGGAUGAUGAGGUGACCAAGCGCUUCUCGGCUGAAGAGCUGGUGUCCUGGAACUUGCUGACCAGGACCAACUACAAUUUCCAUUACAUCAGCCUGCGCCUCACAGUGCUCUGGGGGCUGGGCGUCCUGAUCCGCUACUGCUUCUUGCUGCCACUCAGGGUAGCCCUUGCUUUCACCGGCGUUAGCCUCUUGGUGACAGGCACUACAAUGGUGGGCUAUUUGCCCAAUGGAAGGUGCAAGGACUUCUUGAGCAGGCACGUACACCUCAUGUGCUAUCGGAUCUGUGUGCGAGCUCUUACAGCGAUCAUCACCUACCACCACCGGGAAAACCGACCCCGGAGUGGAGGAAUCUGUGUGGCUAACCACACGUCCCCGAUCGAUGUCAUCAUUCUGGCCAGCGAUGGCUACUAUGCUAUGGUGGGCCAGAUCCAGGGAGGCCUCAUGGGGGUGAUCCAGAGGGCCAUGGUGAAGGCUUGCCCCCACGUCUGGUUUGAACGCUCUGAGGUUAAGGAUCGCCAUCUAGUGGCUAGGAGGCUGUCAGAGCAUGCUCAAGAUAAAAAUAAACUGCCUAUCCUUAUUUUCCCCGAAGGCACUUGCAUCAACAACACUUCUGUGAUGAUGUUCAAGAAAGGGAGUUUUGAGAUCGGUGCCACAGUUUAUCCUGUUGCCAUCAAGUAUGACCCCCAAUUUGGAGACGCCUUUUUUAACAGCAGCAAAUACGGCAUGGUGGCCUAUCUGCUCAGGAUGAUGACCAGCUGGGCAAUUGUCUGCAGUGUCUGGUACCUGCCUCCAAUGACCAGAGAGCCUGAGGAAGAUGCCGUGCAGUUUGCCAAUCGGGUGAAGUCUGCCAUUGCUAGACAGGGGGGGCUUGUGGAUCUCCUAUGGGACGGAGGCCUCAAGAGGGAAAAAGUGAAGGACACCUUCAAAGAGGAGCAGCAGAAGCUCUACAGCAAAACAAUUAUGGGCAACCACGAAGACCGAAGCCGCUCCUGAGCUCCCCGCGCCAGGGACCGCUGCAGAACUGGCUGCUUCAGAAGUCUUUCCGUCUCUGGCUCCACCUGGAGCAGCAGCUUCUCUUCAGCCUCUGGACGUUCAGCAGCCCCUUCAGUGGUGCUGCCUGGGGGCUAACGAGAAGGAGGCCUUGUCUGGAUCGUUGUGGCUCGGCCCAUUGCCCUGACAGCAGCAGCUGAGGACUCUUGCCACAGUUGGGGUGGUAGUAUGGGCUUCCCCUGGUUGUGUGUCCGUGUGAGUGUGCUGGAGAAUGCCAGUGUGUGUAUGCGUGUGCAUGCGCGCCUGCGUAGGAUGCUCCGACGUGGCUUUGAGCUCAGCUGGGCCACUCCAGCCUCUCCUGCCAGUGACAGAGGCCUCCGGCAGCUUCACUCCCCCUCCCCUCCAUGUGUUGCCAUCUCAAAGGAAAGGCACGGACCUUCCUUCCCUCUCUCCUUCCUCCCCCUUCCCUUAAAAAAAAACAAAACAACCUGACUGCAGCUGCAUGGGUUCACUUUGCAUUUUAUAAUUAAAUGAUCUAGAUGGAG